GCGUGCAGUUCGAUCGAGUGUUUUCGAAAAAAGUGAGUUUUUGUGGGUUAAAAUUAAAAAUGGAUCCAGAACUACAGGCUGUCCUGAAGGAUUUAAAACAAAAUGAGAGCCUGGACUUGGAGGAGCUAUUCCACGCCGAGGGAAUUGAAGACAUGGAAACGUUCACGAUGCUGGACGAAACAGAUUUCAACAGGCUGCAUCUCAACACCGGUCAAAGAAAAAAAAUUCAAAAAUUUCAAAGGAUGACUCGUGGCAAUCCAAAAGACGCGACAGAAGAGCCGGCAGAACCCGUUGAUUACGAAGAGGUCGAAUAUAUUGAGCAAGACGAAACGUCUGUAUCACUGGAAAAGGAAUUUGACAUCGAUUUGAUAUUCCAGCAGACAGAAGAUGGUCGUGCCAUAAUCGAAUCAUUGAAAGAGCAACACUCGGUUACGCAUAGCUUGGUCACUUCGAUUACCAAAGUACUCGGCGAAUACCUCAUCUACCGGUUUGGCUACCAUCCAAGUGUGCAUCACAAGGACGUCGUUGCCAAAUCAUUGGUAAGCAAAUACCCAGUUCUAAAAUCCGAGAGUGCCGAUGUCCCUCAGGCUGUGUGGUUUUACCCAAACGGCAGAGGAUACGGUAAACACGGAGGCAAGCUGCAUUACCAUAUCGAAUAUAUGGUGAAGAAAGAUAAGAAGCAGGUUCGUCACAGCAAAGCCGUUGCUGAUGCGGCCCAAGAACUGAGCAGCAGUUCCGAUCCAACAACCAGCAGUGGCGAGAGCGAUUCGACGGAUUUGGCUGACACAAUCAAUAAACUAAAAUUCGUCGUACCAUCGAAGGAAUCUUACAAAAUCAUUCGAAAUGAUUGGAUUAAAACUAUGACGAUGCGCAACGUAAUCAGACAGAAGAAUCCAGGUUCAUAUGACGAACUGAUCGAAAUGUUCCCCCUGUCGACGUCGUUCGACGGACUGCUGAUCGAUCUGGACUUCGUUGAAAUGUUUCCAUCUGCAACCAACGGCAUUGAAGAUUGGAAUGCUUUGCAGGAUAAAAUCGUGCAGAAAUUCAAUCAUUUGCAGACAACAGUUUGUGAUCGUAAGUAAAUUCAAAGCGGCAUGGUAGCCACAUAGCAGGGGGGCCGUAGUGAUAAACGCGCGGGUACUCAGCACGCCCAUGCUGAGUGACGGGUUCCAUUCCCGGUCGGUCUAGGAUGUUUUCGUAAUGAGAAGAGUCUGGACUUCCUUGGGCAUAGAUCAUAGUUCGUGCCUGCCACACGAUAUACGCAUGCAAAAUGACCAUUGGUAGAGAAAGCUCUCAGUAAAAAAAAAAAAUGGCGAAGUGCUUAAAGAACAUUAGGCUGAGAAGCAGGCUUAGUCAUAGUGAAACGUUACGUCAAGAAAGGAAGGGAUGAUAGUAGCCACAUUUGGUUGUGUUUAAAAAAAAUCAGUAGGGGUUUUCAGCGAAAGCAAUGUUAUUAUGAUGCAAGAUUAAUUUGAAGGUUGUGGGAAUUAUUAACUGAGAGCUUUCUCUGACAAUAAUCAUUUUUCAUGCAUCGAAAUCAAUGAAGAAAAUUUAAUCGCAUCAGUUAGACCCAGAUGAAAAAUCAUUGUUCAAUAAAGACCUCUAUUUUUCACAGAUUUUAUUCGCUCGCUCCUCAUCAUCAGAGAGAAAAAUCCGUCACGUGGCGUCAAACGUGUGAACAAAGGAUCUCAGAAAAUCGUCAACCUACUCGAGAGAGUUUUGGAAUGGAUAAAUCCGGAAGAUGACAUUGACCAGUUUGCUGCGGGUUAUCGGGCAACGGACAGUCCUGUCCUUAUAAUUAAAGGGCCAAUGUACAGUGCAGGUGAAACGUACAUCCGGAUCGGGAAACGAGUAUUUACAAGCGGAUCCGAAAUUCAGAACGGCUUUUUCACCAUGAUCAAAGCACAUUAUUUUUUCAACCUCAAAUUCGAACCAUCUCUUUCCAAUUUUUACUCUUUUUUCCUGUCAGAAGUGUUUCACGUAGCAAAGCCAUCUACCACUGUUAAUGGUUUUAUGUUGCAGCUUAAAUGAGCUUGAUUUCAAGCCAAAAGUUGACAUGCAGCAAUGAUAAUUUUAAGAAAAAAAUCGUAGAGAAAAAAAAUCGUUCAUUUAAAAAAAGUUCAUUUUAUUUUUAGAAGGAAACCCCCAAAGGGGCUAUUUUUUCUUAGCUGGAAAAUUUCAAAUACGACUAAGAGGCCGGCAUAUUCGUCUUUUGUGCUUUUAAACGAAGCUUUUGGCGAUUACGUAAGCCUAAAAUCAGGAUAUUUGGAAUUUUCCAACUUGAAAUCAAAGCCGCUAUUCCCAAAAAAUAGAAUCUCAGCUUUACUGAUCAUCCAGCAAACUGCAAAUUUGCUGGAAUACCAGCAAACUUAUUUUAGAAUCGUUUACUGAUUAAUCAGCAAAUCUGAAUGCGUUUUGCUGAUUAUUCAGCAAUGCAUCUGUCAAAUCUACUUCGCGUCAAAUUGCUGAUUGACCAGCAAAUUUAAUUUCGGGUUACUGGUUGUUCAGCAAACGAUCUGUCAACCGAUGACAAUUCGUGUUGCUGAAUGAUCCAGCAAACAUUUUAUUGCUGAUUGAAUUGCUGAAUUUACAGCACACCAAAAAUCAGCAAAACUUUGCUGGAUUCCAGCAAUAAAAAUUUGGUGUGUACGAUGCCGAACCCGCGCACAGUGGCCGCAGGCCGGACAAAACCUCAAAAUUAGAUCAUAAAAUUUCAUUGCUUUGAUAUUUUUCUCUUAUUACAAAUACUUCAACUAAGAAAAAUCCAAAAUUUCAAGUCAAUUGAAUCAAAAUUGAGUUUAGGGGAAUUUUUCAAAGUUGGAAAAUAAGGUAUCGAAUGAUUUGUUUUUAUCAUCAUAAUUUCAAACCAUAACUUCAAUGCCGCAAUGUAUAACAUACAGCUGAUAUUAAAAUCUAUGAAUUUUGUUAUUGUUUAGGGAUACAUUCAACCUUAGGAUUACAACAUUCAAUCUUGAUCUAAGCUUAUAUUUGUUGUCUUCUAAGACCAUUCAAAAAAGAACUUUCACUGAUUUUUUUAUAAGAAAUUCAGGCUAAAUUGAUCAAGUACUUUUUAAUGAAACAGUUCGGACCGAUCAGGUGUGUUGCAUAUAACCCCAAAUCUUGUCUAGUUUUUGGGGAUAUACGUCACUGUCUGCGCAAAACUGCGCUAAGAACGAAAAAUUUACAUUUUUGAAAAAAAUGUUGUAAUGGAGACGCAUGGUUGCGGAACUGACAAAAAAAAUAUGAAUUUUGUUUUCGAACGUAAACAUAUAAAAUAUCUUUUAAAAUUUUCGUCCUGAAUAUGAAAAUUAUUGUAGUAUAUUGAUUUGUUGCGUUAUCACUUAGGUAGAAUGGACUAAAAAGGGUUUCAACCUGCUCAUUGUCGCGCAUUCGAUAUCUUGAGACAGCAUUACGUUGGUACUGUGUUCAACAAGAGCAUUUAUGAGCAGAUACAACAAAGCAGUUAUUCAAUGGUUUAUGUGAUAGACUGUAUUCUUCUCGAUAAUAUUAAAGUGAGUAUCUAUCAAUUCUGUAGUUCACCUUUUGAUAAAUAUAAUGAAAUAACAGAUAUCUUGUAAAUUCAAAAACGAAUGUACCUUGCAUAUGAAUAUUUAUUAUUUUAUCAACUAAUCAUACAAGGUUUCAUUUACUAAAAUACCUUUUCCGCAAUUCGACGAUAAUGAUUGACUCAAAAAGCCACUGAAAUGGGAACCACAGACAAACAGACGUAUCACUUCGAACAAAUUGCGAUUCAAAUGAUGGUCUCGCACGAGAACAUAAUCGCUCAAUGCCAAUUAAUGCCAAUGUUUCGCAAUCUCCUAACUAGGUGGCGGUAGUGAACAAACGUCAAACAGGAGCAAAAAUUAUACGAGCGCCAUGAGCGUACGAUUUACGAACUACCGAUUAUUUGAAUUAACCGUUAAUAAGAGGAUCAAUGGAAAAUGAGUAGAGCGAGAUAUCUGUUUGUCUGUGUUGUGAGCUUGUAUUGUCGA